GAAUUAUUCAACAGAACGUAUUAAGGUUAAUAGGAUAGCUUCAUAUUAUAUAGAUUUAACAAAUAAUAAUAAUAAUAAUAAUUCUCGUUGGUUAAUCUAUUUUGAUGGUGGUUGGUUUUGUUAUUCAAAUGAAUCAUGUGAAUUUCGUCGACAAUAUUCACCAAAUUUAAUAACAUCAUUAAAUUUUAAUUCGAAUAAAAAAUUUUUUACAGGAAUUUUUUCAUCACUUAAACAAUAUAAUAUUAUUUAUGUACCUUAUUGUUCAUCAGAUUUAUGGUCAGGAUCAUCAAAUCAAACAAAUUCACAUGGUUAUGAUAUAUUUCAUGCGAUAUUUCAUCAUAAAAAAUAUUUUUUUAAUGCUAAACAAAUUAUUUUCACAGGUUUUCCAGCUGGUGGUCUUGGUUAA